UGGGUUGAGUGAUGACUAGAGAUUGGCGGGGGGCGGCAUGAGAGGACUGUGUACUUUUUUAGUGCAAUUUGUCCCUUGCAAUCUAGCCCUAAUACACAGGAAAACCCAUAGCCUAAUAUUAUGAUCUUCUACAGUUAUGUUAGGAACAGAUCGUGCCUGUCCUAGUUUAUGCAAGGUGAUCAUCUUGCUUUACAGCAGAGUUAAUGUAAAACCAAAUACCGUAACAUCCCAAAUCACACAGCAGAGGAAUCCAAGUUUUAAUCCAUCCUUGAUUCCUUCAAAACGUGUACCAGUGAGAUGAACUACAUCACUGCACCCAGUUUUUCCCGUUUAAAGUGGGUCCGCACAGGCGCGGCUGCUGUACGUUAUGUAACGGCCGAGCUCGGGGUAAACACUGCUCAGAGAACGCACAGGAAGGGGCGGAGUUCGGCGAAGCCCCGCGCCACUCGGGAGCGAGCGGCGGCGGCGGCGGCGGGAGGGGCAGGUGACCAGGGUGGCCGUUUGGUGUCGGCCGCAUCCGGGCAACUUGGACUGCGGAGCCCUCGGCCCGGCCGCAUAGCGCCAUGGAGCCCCGGGCGGUCCCGUCCGCCAUGGCCCUCAGGGCCGCCACUCCGUACGGCGUCUUCUGCAAGGGCCUGUCCCGCACCCUGCUCGCCUUCUUCGAAUUGGCCUGGCAGCUGCGCAUGAACUUCCCGUACGUCUACGUCGCGGGCUCGGUGAUCCUCAACAUCCGCCUGCAGGUACACAUUUAGAGCCAUAACUUCGCCGGCGGCCUCCGGGGACCGGCAAGAUGGCCGAUUCCCAGAUCGCCCCGCGGCGGGGCCUCGCCCAUUGCCGAGAGCCCGUCGUCUCGCGAGAGUCCGCCGUACUUCCGCGCAUGUGCAGUCCAGUUGCCGAGCCUCCCCCGAGGCGUGGAGGUGUAGAAAUCCUGUGCGGCCUACAAGUGAGGCUUGAAGCUGUUCCGGGAGCAGAAGACCUUGGUUAAGAAGCACGGAAUCUCAUUAAAUUCCUGGUACGGAUCUUGGGGUAUCACAGAGGGCACCGGAUGCAAUAUUAAAAAGAAAGUCUGAAAUUAAAUUUUCAGAAAAGCAAAUUUAAAUUUGCGACAAACUCAUGGUCAAAACUAGACCGGGAAGAUUGGAUUGGAUUGGAUUGGAUUGGAUUGGAUUGGAUUGGAUUGGAUUGGAUUGUCAGCGAGACAUGAAUAAGAAGUCCAUAAUAUUAAGAAUGUGAUGUGAAAAAAGCAUGCAUUUUAUCAUCCCACAAGAAGACACACUGAAACUUUGAGUCGAAACAAAACCACAGGAAAUCGUCCCCCAAAUGACAAGCUGUUGCGGGAUUGGGGUGGGGGGGGUGGAAAGAGGGACUUUAGGUGUCCCUGUGACUAGAACAUGGAUUAAGACCUUGGUGCCAAAAAUGAGGACGUUUAGUUGUAGCACAAAGCUUGACUAUUCGUGAAUAGUGUAUGGCGUGCAUCCUUGAAUGAAAUGGAAAUUAUUUUAGUUACAGGGUAAACUGCAGAUGCUUUAAGCUUUGAUGUAAGAAUACAAUUUACGAGGGUGGGGAAAGUAAAUAAACGGUUGUGGUACCCUUGUAAAGUGGGAUAUUGAAAAAUUCACUCUGUUAAGAAUGACAAAGGAUAUUUUAUUUUAUUAUUUACGUGACAGCCAUAAAGUGGGGGGGAGUAACUACCACAUGAAGUCAACAGGAACUACUCAGGUGGAGAAUUCAGGUCGACUGUUUAAGCAAGAGAAAAUUUAUUGGGGGGUGGUGAGCAGGAGAUUUUAUUCAGGGUCUGGGGUGAAUUAGUAAUUGCAGAAUUCUCUUUGAAAUUAAGUCAUAAGUAAUGUAAACCCCAUGAAAAAUAAACCUAUAAAAAACUA